AAGCUAGUUGAGUGCAAACGUUAUCUACUGUGUCCAAAGAAACCUCAAGGACUGAGUCAAGUGAACGGAUUUGAUGCAUUUAUAACCAAAAACUGAACCUCGUCGAUUUUUAGCGCGGAUGGUUUGUAGUCUCGGUUACUGUGAUAUCGUGUAGACUUUAUUUGAUGGCUCUCUUUACUCCUACAAACCAAAAACGGUUGACUAACAUAUCUGUAGUUCGCCUUAAAAAAGGUGGUAAUCGUUACGAGUUGGCAUGUUACCCAAACAAAGUGCAAGCUUGGAGAGACAAGCUUGAAACUAAUUUAGAUGAAGUUUUACAGGCUCAUUGUGUCUUCACAAAUGUCUCAAAGGGUCAGUUCGCUAACAAAAAGGAAAUGCAUGUACAUUUUGGCACAGAAGAUGAAAGACAAAUAAUAAAGACAAUACUAGAACAUGGAGAAAUACAACUCACAGAAAAGGAACGCCUUGUAGGACAACAGGCUUUGUUUAGAGAUGUGGCUAAAAUAGUGUCUGAAAGAUGCGUAAACCCUGAAAACAACCGGGCAUACACUGUCACGAUGAUAGAAAAGAUGAUGAAAGAUUGUCACAUAUCCCUGAAGGCUAAUAAAAGUGCUAAACAGCAUGCUUUAGAGGUAAUCAAACAAUUAAGGUCGGCUCCUGGAUUUAAAAUUGCUCCUUCAAUGAUGGAAGUGAAUAUUACCAUACAGAAAGACUCAUAUGAACCUGUUAUCGAGAGACUUUUGCAACUAUGCAAUAAUAUCGUACAACAAGGUGAAUCAUCCGAUGGACUUUACGACUUGGUUAGUUUGGAUUUAUCAUGUUCGAUAAACCUUAUCGACCAAUCCAAUGUCGUCCGUCUUUUUAUGACAUUGAACUUCUACUUUUAUGUAUCUAUAAACUUUCUUACACAUUGUAAGUAGUCGAUUCCCUGAGUUCAUUGACGGCUAAUGUUGUCCAUGCGACCUCAUAGGAGUCAUUCAAGAGGAGACUUGAUAUGUUCUUAAUGGCUCAGGACAGUAUCCCACUAUAGUAUAUCAGCAUUUCUCUUUGGAUCGUCGGGUUUAUCUAGGUUCUGAUCUGGAAGAACCGAUGAUCCACUGCUAUUAGAUAAGGAAACCUGUCAAGAGAAAAAUGCUAUUCCAUCUCUCACCAUUUGAACCAUUAUUAUUUAAAAGUAACACUUAGUUUAGUAUAGAUGUGUUAUGUUCCCUAAACUGGAGGGUAAACAAAACCCAAGCAGUUUAUUUAGUAUCAUCAUGAUGGUUGAUCGGUCGCUUCAUACGACAUGUAAAUUUACUGUCUCAUUCACAAAUUUGAUAUUUCCUUUCGUCUACGUCAAAAUCUACAUUAGCUAUAUGUAUACGUUGACAAAAGUGAUGGCUGGCUCAGUACACUUCAAGUUCUACAAUGUGGAGCUGGUACAUCAUUAAGUGUAUCACAAAAUUGCAAUUUGUAACCGAAUACAGUCAGAUAUGUUUUGAAAUAUAUAACCACCCUCCCAAGCUAACAUAACCAUCGAUACCAUAUUCAGGGUCCCCUAGUGUCAAAUACGGGAAAGUGUACAUCCCGCUUGGGCUUGACGGUAUUUUCGCACACUUUAUCCAUAAACAUUCCUCUUCAUCCUUUCGGAGUAUUUUUUACGUUUUGCUUUGACAUCAUACUUCACCUUAUCCCCAACAUGUGCCGUAAACUAAACGCUAUAUUAACGUUCAAGUCAUGCUUCAAAUAAUACAGUAUAGUUUACUGACCACGACUGUAGAAUCCCACACUAUAGAACUAUCUCAUGUCAUCGAAGCUUCCGUACAAAAUUUGAGAGUGAUUAUUCAUUUGACUUCGCUCAACCUAGAGGAAUAUGUAGGAUUUGUGACUGACGCAUCAAUACAUGCAGAAGGUUUGCAUGGAUUCACCAACUUUCGAUACGUUUGACUCGUACAAUACGUCUGCUUGCUUGUCCAAAAUACAUAUACCGUGCAGUAGUCUCGUGUAUUAUCAUAUAACUGCAUAAUAGCAUGUUUCAUUGAGUCUGUACAUUCUUGGGUUACAUGAUGUACUAAGUGCGUUGUUAAAAUGUACUGUGCCUCCUGAGUGAGUAAUGCUAAAGUUAUCCAUGUACUAGAUAAACUUAAUUUGUUGGUUAGUCAUACUGUAGGGUUUUUUGAGGCAUUUCGCAUAUGUCUUGCUCUUACGUAUCUCAACAUGUAAAAGUGUUAAUGUUGUGGUAAAAUAGAAGAAACCUAAGAUGGUCAGGUCGAAUUUGGGUGUCGAACUGUAUCACGUCGCAAGGUUGAAUCGCUUGGUUGGAGUUCGCGAGAACUACUGACAACAUUUCGGAAUGCAUUCAAUUUUUAGCCGUCUAUAAUUUUUGAUAUUAGUUGAUAUUUUUAUUUUCCAAAUUAACCCACUUUUCAGUUCAUCUAUAUUUUUAGUUUUCACUAACACUAACACUGUCGAUCAUUUGGUGUACGGAUGGAACGUUUGAAAACUUGAACUAAUGCAUAUUUGUUUCAGGUCCUGGGUCGUUUAUGAUUGAGACUACAUUGCAUCUAUUUUCGUAAACAUACACUAAAUCUUAAAGGCUAAAUCAACUCGAAUUCCCAUAUUGUUAGCAUAAGCUUCAUUUUUUACUUUUAAGACUGCUGUUGUUGAACCUGAGAAAUAUGGCUCUAUUGAAACACUUCUCCACAACGAAAUAAAGGGUAAAUAUUCCAUAGAAAUUUCCGAUGGUACGAAGUGUAGUCACAAAGGACGCACAAAGUUAAACUCUGCUUUAACAGUAAAAACAGAAGUUUGGGAAAAAAAGGUUGUGAAAAAUGUUCCAGAUGAAAAUGUUUCAUCGCAGUCGAAUGACAAUCAGAUUACUCAGUUAUCUGAAGCUUCAGUUUCUGUUGAGAAGAAAGACAAAAAUAAGUCCAAGAGAAAGAACAAAAAAGGUUCCAAACGUAAUGAUGAUUGGUCUGAUGACUAAUCUAACUGAUUGUUGUGAUGCUAAAUUAGCCUUCAACCAGUCAGAUUUAUAAUGAUUUGUUUUCUUUUCUACCCUUUAUGUGUCAUAAAAUAGUAAAGUCAAUUUUUUAUACUCUGACUUCCCAGACUUUGUUAUUAAAAAAGUAUAUCCAAACCA